CAUUCCAAGGGUCGUUAUGGCUGCUGUCGCUUUCUACGAGAUGGAUAUAAAACUCCUAAAGAGGAUCCCAAUCGUCUAUACUAUGAACCAGCCGAGCUGAAGUUAUUUGAAAAUAUAGAGUGUGAAUGGCCAUUGUUCUGGACAUACUUUAUCCUCGAUGGGGUCUUCACUGGCAAUGCUGAACAGGUUCAAGAAUAUAGAGAGGCUCUUGAAGAAGUCCUCAUCAAGGGCAAAAAUGGAGUCCCACUUCUGCCCGAGCUAUACAGUGUUCCCCUUGACAAGGUUGAUGAAGAAUAUCAAAACCCUCACACUGUGGACCGAGUCCCCAUGGGAAAAUUGCCUCAUAUGUGGGGUCAGUCUCUAUACAUUUUAGGAACCUUGAUGGCAGAGGGAUUUUUAGCUCCUGGAGAAAUUGAUCCCCUGAAUCGUAGGUUUUCAACUGUACCAAAACCAGAUGUUGUGGUUCAAGUUUCCAUUCUAGCUGAGACAGAAGAAAUUAAGGCCAUUUUAAAGGACAAGGGAAUUGAUGUGGAGACCAUUGCUGAGGUGUACCCCUUCAGAGUACAACCAGCUCGUAUUCUCAGCCACAUUUAUUCCAGCCUAGGGUGUAAUAGUAGAAUGAAACUCAGUGGCCGACCCUACAGACACAUGGGAGUCCUUGGAACUUCAAAACUCUACGACAUUCGGAAAACUAUCUUUACCUUCACUCCACAGUUUAUAGACCAGCAACAGUUCUACUUGGCUCUGGACAACAAUAUGAUAGUGGAAAUGCUUAGAACAGACCUCUCCUAUCUCUGUAGCCGCUGGAGGAUGACAGGACAGCCCACCAUCACCUUUCCCAUCUCACACACCAUGCUUGAUGAAGAUGGAACCAGCUUGAAUUCAAGUAUCCUGGCAGCACUCCGAAAAAUGCAGGAUGGCUAUUUUGGUGGGGCAAGGGUUCAAACAGGUAAAUUAUCAGAGUUUUUGACAACAUCUUGCUGUACGCAUUUGAGUUUCAUGGACCCUGGACCUGAAAGUAAGCUGUACAGUGAAGAUUACAAUGACUAUAGUGAGCUAGAAUCCUGUGACUGGAUGAAUAGCUAUGAUUCAACCAGUAAUGCUCACUGUGGUGAUGACGUUGCUCGUUAUUUAGAUCACCUUUUGGCGCACACUGCUCCCCAUCCUAAACUAGACCCUACCUCACAAAAGGGAGGGCUAGAUCGGUUCCGAGCUGCUGUACAAACAACCUGUGAUAUAAUGUCCUUGGUGACCAAGGCCACGGAGCUGCAUGUACAAAAUGUUCACAUGUAUCUUCCUGCAAAGGUAGUUCAGGCUUCCCGGCCUUUAUUCAACUUACUUGACUCACCUCCUCCCCCACAAGAGGACCAGGUUCCCUCAGUUCGUGUAGAAAUACAUCUUCCAAGAGACCAGUCUGGGGAGGUGGACUUCAAAGCACUGGUUUUACAGUUAAAGGAGACCUCCAGCUUCCAGGGGCAAGCUGAUAUCCUCUACAUGCUAUAUACUAUGAAGGGACCUGACUGGGACACUGGAUUGUAUGAUGAAGGGAGUGCAACAGUCAGAGAGCUGCUUACUGAGCUAUAUAACAAAGUUGGAGAAAUCCGUCACUGGGGCUUGAUCCGGUGUAUCUCUGGAAUCUUAAGGAAGAAGGUGGAAGCACUCGAUGAGGCCUGUACAGACCUUCUCUCCCACCAGAAACAUUUGACAGUGGGACUCCCUCCAGAACCUCGAGAGAAGACUAUCUCUGCACCUCUGCCCUAUGAAGUGCUCACUCAGCUGAUAGAUGAAGCCAGUGAAGGGGACAUGAGCAUUUCAAUCCUGACACAGGAAAUAAUGGUAUAUCUAGCUAUGUAUAUGCGAACUCAACCUGGCCUCUUUGCUGAAAUGUUUCGACUUCGAAUUGGUCUGAUCAUACAAGUUAUGACAACAGAACUGGCCCAUUCCCUUCGAUGCUCAGCUGAGGAAGCCACAGAUGGCCUGAUGAAUCUCAGCCCUUCAGCCAUGAAGAGCCUCCUGCAUCACAUUCUCAGUGGCAAGGAGUUUGGAGUAGAACGAAGUGUGCGCCCCACUGAUUCAAAUAUCAGCCCUGCCAUUUCUAUUCAUGAGAUUGGUGCUGUUGGAGCAACCAAAACUGAACGAACUGGGAUCACGCAGUUAAAAAGUGAGAUAAAGCAGUCCAACGGUAGUCACGCCCUGGGUAUAGAUUUGAUGUCACCGUCUUUUCUGUCACCUGGAACCUCUGUGACUCCAAGUAGUGGCUCCUUUUCUAGUGUAUAUGAUCAACAGACAUUUAAAGAUAAUCGUCAAGGUCAAUGGCAACGUCGAAGACGGUUGGAUGGAGCACUGAACAGAGUCCCAAUUGGAUUUUAUCAAAAAGUAUGGAAAGUUUUACAGAAGUGUCAUGGACUUUCAGUGGAAGGUUUUGUUCUACCUUCUUCAACCACUAGAGAGAUGACUCCAGGCGAGAUUAAAUUCUCUGUUCAUGUGGAGUCUGUCCUAAAUCGUGUGCCUCAGCCAGAAUACCGCCAGCUUCUGGUUGAAGCCAUUCUUGUCCUCACCAUGAUGGCAGAUAUUGAAAUUCAUAGUAUUGGAAGCAUUAUUGCUGUGGAAAAAAUAGUGCAUAUUGCCAAUGACUUGUUCCUUCAAGAACAGAAAACCCUCGGCGCAGAUGAUAUCAUGUUGGCAAAGGAUCCUGCAUCUGGCAUCUGUACUCUUCUGUACGACAGUGCACCCAGUGGCAGGUUUGGCACCAUGACCUACCUCUCCAAGGCAGCCGCCACCUACGUGCAGGAGUUCCUGCCCCACAGCAUAUGUGCCAUGCAAUGAGGCCUUUGGGCCCUGGCUACUAGGAGCCUUUUGCCAGCUGGUUCCUGCCUCCGCUGAUUGUGCAUGGAACUGAACUGUGAUGGCCUGAUCACUCCCACCCUGCCACAAGAAGAGUGAACUUUUCUGACAAACUAAUUGCUUUAGAAGAAGUGAACCCUUGCUCACCCAGGCUCUUCAUUGUGGGCCUUAAUUCUUUCAUGGGUCACAAAAGUAUGCAUGUGUUUUUAUUCUCUAGACCUGUUACACACUUAGUAUUCUAACUGCUGUUUAGGGAGCAGGUAUUAAUAACGUAUUCUUCAAGUUUGGUUUUCCUAUGUGUGGUUUCCUUGUGUGAAUGAGUGGUGGGUACUUUGAGACAUUAUUUCAAGUGAGUAAAGCCUAAAUUGUUGCAUUUUAUGCUGCUAUGAAUUGCAAAUAUUUGUUCUAAGUGCCUUUUCUUGGAAAAAGAGGGUAGCAGAUUAUAGUUUCCUUCUUUACUCUCAUGUUGCCUCACACUGAGUGAUAUGCUCCUUCCUGUGUAGAAUUAUUGUUUCUGCUUUUGCCUUUUCUGUAUCCGCACACAUGAUUUCUAGUCUCCCUUUGGUGAAAUGUCUAAAACUGAAAGUCUAGUAUAUAAAGUUCAGGAUUUGUGCAUUAACACUUGAAGCCACUUUUGUGAAGAUUGCUAGGGCUCAGAUAUGUAUUUGUAGUAGAAAAUGCAGAAUAACCCAGAGAAAUGAAGCCAGGAGCCCAAUUCCAGAGAGGAUAGGGGGCAGAAGAAAAGAUGCCUAGGUGGUAUAUUAUGUCUAGGAAACAAAGAGAGAAUCAGAGGUGGCUCUGUGCCCUGAAGAGAGCCUUGUGCACCUACUCCUGGCCUCUGAAGAGUGGGCUGGCACAGAGAGUAAUCGAAGCCUCUUUGGCAACCAGGAAUCAGCAGUCUAGUCUCUGGAUGCUUUCCUGAGCACUCUUUUCUUGUUUUCACCUGGUCUCUGUCUCACUCACCUACUUACUUUCUACAGCAUCCACCCCAUCCCCAAUUCCAGGCCCUCCCAUUUAUUCUUAAACUCUUUCACUUACAUCUUCACUUCCUGAUUCUAGUGUUGGUGUAUAGCUUGCUAUCUGUGGGCAUAUAUCCAUUUCUUGCACACAACUGCAUUUGUGUGUGUCUAAGCAUACAUGGGAAAUUUUCUGAAUAUAAGUACUUUUAUGUGGUUGUAUAUCUGUAGCUAUAUUUGAUAGACUAAGCAAGUAUGUAAAUAUGAGUGUUGCUUCUGGUGGGGGCAAUGACUGUGGCCUCAGGCUGACAUAGAAAGGAUAGUGGAAGAAAAGUUAAGUCCUCUUCUCCAGUCCCAUGCUUAGGCAGCCUUGUUUGAAGAAUGUCUUUCCUAACUCUUGGUUCAGACUGCUAUAACAAAAACUACAGACUAGAUGUCUUAAACAACAGACAUUUAUUUCCCAUCAUUCUGAAGGCUGAGAGAUCCAAGAUCAAGGUCCCAGCAGAUUCAGUGUUUGAUGAGGGCCUGCUUCCUGGUUUGCAGAUGGCUGUCUUCUUGCGGUGUCUUCACAUGGUACAGAGACAGAGCUCAGGUCUCUUCCUCUCUUAUAAAGGGUAUUAAUCCUGUCCUGGGGACUCUAUGCUCAUGGCUUCAUCUAAUCCUUAUUAGCUCUGAAAAAAGUCCCUACCUCCAACUACCAUGACACUGGGGAUGAAAGUUUCAACCUCUGAAUUUGGGUGGGACACCUUUAGUCUAUAGCACUUUCCUCUGAUUUAUGUAUAAAGGUGCUCCUAAUUUCUCUGCUUGCUCUCAGAGAAUUUCCUACUUCAAUCCCCUCAUUCCCUCUGGUUUUUCUGUUUUUUUUUUUCUCCAAGAAUGGAGAUGGAGAAGGGGGACUCUCUAAAUAUUUUUUUGCAGAACCAGUGACAAUCUUAUAAGUACACAUGAAUAAGUGAGCAGAGUAGGGUGAUAGAAAACAAACAAAGAGAGGAUAGCCAGGCUUCUCAGUACCUCUCUUAGAGCAAAUGGAAACACACAGUAAGUAGCUUUCUGCUUACAUGAUUUUCUGGAUCAUGUACAAAGAUAAUUUACAACCUGUUCUGAAACUUUGUCUUUUCACUAGCUGCAAGUGUGCCCCAACUACCCAGAGUGCAUCUGUGGUGGCAUAGGUGAAAACCACCGCUCCCUCCCACACUAAUUUGCCUGCACUGACACGGAUGGCUGCAUUUCUCUGGGUUACUAAGUUGUCCAGCACUAUGCUGCCCUUUCACUAUGUUUUGCUUUUAAAACAACUUUUUAGAAAACUUGAUUUGUAUUUUACUCAUUUUAAGCAUGUGAUACUAAAAAAAGAUGGAUUUUUAAAGCACUUCUGUUUUUAAAAUAGAAUAAAAAUAGAAUUUCCAAUUAAAUCAUGUGUAAAACUUAA